ACUAAACACACAUAUGUAAAAGUCGGUUAAAUACAUAAAUUCGCAACAUUGUAAUUUAUCUUUCACUUCCAAAUUCAAUAUUUGCAAUUAAUCCGAACCAGUAAACUGUUACUGACCUUCAACUUAACCAUAGAAUAAUUCGCACAGCUAAUUUUUUGCACAUACGUUCCAUUUCGUCAAAACUAAAUCAGAAUAUAGAUCCUCAAAAAUUUAAUACAAUACGAUAAAUCUAUUUCAUAGAAAUUUGCCACCUACUUAAUAGUUUUGUUACUGGCGUUCAACUUAACCAAACUAACCGAGUGUAAUUCGCAUUCCUAACUUUUUUGCAUAUUUCGCCCAAAAUUAAUUAGAAUUUAGAAUAUACCAAAAUUUACAAAAAUAUAUUUCAUGGAAAAUUGUCGCCUCCUUCCACCUCCUCCCACGAUCAACAUAAAUAAUAUAAUGAUUCACCCAACUUGUGGAUCUGAUCUGAGAAAAAGUACAAAAGUGGCUGCAAUGAUUGAUUCGAUUUUAUCCGGCUUCUUAAUAUUCUGCGGAAUUGCCGUUCUCAACAAUAUGUUUGUCGGAAUUCGAGAUCCUGAAGCGUCUGCUUUUCCAGUCGGGUGCAUGAUCUUAUUCGUCGUCAUCAUGGGAGCCGAGAUGUAUUUGGCAUUCCGUCUUUAUAGAGCUGCUCACGAGAGAGACAUUCAACGUUUGACAACAUGGCGAAAAGCGGCCGGGGCCGUGAUGACAAUUUCCACCGUUUUGAUACUCUUGAUAAGACAUACGAUUUCGAACGUUGCGCCCCCAGCGCCACCGCCGCCGCCGACGCCACCGCCGUCCUCGCCCUUCCCCCUCCUCUGGUUUUAUGUCGUGUACUUUAUCGCCGCAAUUUUUAGGAUGUACAUGCUCUGGAUUUUGUGGGCGUUUCUGGGCGAAUUUGACCCUUCGGAAAAUUCUCGGUUAAUAAGUUGAUCGAAUUAUUUCUUUAAAAGACUGACGAUUAUUACGCAUUUGUAUUUAUUUUGUAAAUUUUGUGUAAAUAAAGAAACAUUUUUAGGAGAAAGAUGA